UAAACUAAUGGAGAUAAAUUAUUCGUUUUAUAAUCAGAAAACAUAAUUGUGUAAGCGUAAUUUUAUUAUUAUUAUUAUUAUUAUUAUCAUACGUGGAGUACCGCCGACAUUCGACAAUAAAAUGGAACAAUAAAAUUAUUUGUAAGUCAACCUCAAUGACGAAGUGCAACUGGCAAUCACAGGCUUCAUCCCACGUCUUCCCACACGUACGACCCGAAUGGCGCUUCUUUCAGUCACGUGACCCGAGAUUGAUGACGUCAUGCAGGCGCGGUGUAGCAAAUCGUCGCUGUUAGCCGUGGUCUAAGCAGGAAGGAGUGCACACCUAUUUACCUAAGGUUCUACGUUUCUGCUGGCAGAACGUAAGACUAGUAACAGUAUUAGUUAUGUAAAUUUAACAUGUGUUACGAGAAUAUAGUUAACUCGUGUGUUUCGCAUUUGGAGCCAUCAUGUAAAAGCUGAAAGUCGAACGAUAAUGUUUACUUGAAACCAACGAAAAUUGUGGUUUACAUCAUGUUGCCCACUCCGUCGAAUUGCUGCAAUUUAGCCAAGGAUUCUACACCGGGGCGUGAAAGAUUGAAUUGUCUGGCCAAGGCACUGUACGAUAAUAUUGCUGAAACCCCAGAUGAAUUAGCUUUUCGUAAAGGAGAUAUAUUAACUGUUCUAGAGCAAAAUACAAACGACCUCGAAGGAUGGUGGUUAUGUUGUCUUCGAGGAAGACAAGGAAUUGCACCAGGUAACAGAUUACGCCUUAUUCCUGGUAUGUAUGACCCAACAGGUAUGGGUUAUACAGAAGGUCAUUCCCGUAGAAGAAGCUGGCAAACAAAUGCCAACAUGGUUGUAACACCCCAAAAAAUUGGUAAUGUUUAUCUUUAUGAUGUUCCAGCAAGUGCUAAAUUGACAGAAAAUUAUGAUGUUCCUCCAACUCAUACAAUAUCUCGUACCUGGCAAGCACAAAAAGUGAAUUCUUUUGAUAAUCCACCUAGUCCAACUUUAUUAAAGAAACAAGCAAUGUACAAUGAACCAAAGUCAAAUAAGCCAGUAUAUGAUAUUCCAAGAUCAAGUAUUUCACCUUUUAAUAGUUUGAGAUCACACACACCAUUAUCAGAUAACUCUUCCUUGGGAAGUGCUUAUGAUGUACCAAAGAGUAUUGAUGAGGCAGAUAUUUCUUCAUAUAACAUUCCUCCUGCACCAAGACCAGUUCAAGAUAAGCAAUCAUAUGAUGUACCAUCAGUUUUUCUUUUAAAUGUUACAAAUGCUUAUGAUAUUCCACCUUCCAGUCAUCCAAAGUAUACAUAUGAUGUUCCUCUUUCACAAUGUUCCAGUGGAAUUUCUGAAUUAUCUAUUACAUCAUCAUCUAAUGUUUCACCUUCAAGCAGUCAGACUAGCUUGAAUUUGUCAAUGUCUAGUUUAUGUGAAUCAAAUCGGUCAAGUAUGGAACAACAACCUCAAGAAUUAUAUGAUGUUCCACCUAUGGGUCCACAUCGUCCUGUUGAAAGUGAUCAAAUUACAUCAAAAAUAAAUUCUGCAAUUCCAUUGCCUAAACUAUUUCCAACAGAAUUAUAUGAUGUUCCAACUAAUAAUGCACUAGCACAGUUUUAUGAUAUACCACCAACUCCACUUCCUGCUCAUAAAAAAAUACCAGAAGGUGUUUAUGAUGUACCUCCACAAGUAACUAGGGACAGCAAUCAAAUUUUGAAGAUUGAAAAUUCUGUUUCAUCUGAUUCAUCUAAACGAUUAUCUUCAAGUAGCACUGAUUUAAAAGAUUUUCCAAAUAUUGAAGGAUCAGAAUUAAGAUUAGAAUUAGAUGCUGCUAUGGAGAUGCUAGUUAAACACCAUCAAGAAGUACAAAGUGCAAUGAUUAAACUUUUCAGUUUUGUAAAUGCAACUUGGAAAAAACAAGAGGAUAUGGAAAAUAAAAUGCAAGAUAUAAAAUUAGUUUGUUAUAGGAUAAAAAGUACACUUCAAGAUUUUGUUAACUUUGUUCUUGGAGCAUUAGCAAAUUCGAUGCAUGCUGCUGAUAAGUGUCUUAGUCAUAAGUUAGCAAAAUUGAUAAAACCAUUGUUAGAUUCAAAUGAACUUAUAGGAACUUUAUGCAAAUCUUUAGAUGAAAAAAAUUGGAAAAUAACUUUAUCAGUUGAAGAUGAUAAUUCAUAUGAUGAACUUGAUCAAUUAGUUGUAACAGCUCGUAAUCUUGUUGAAGAUUUGAGACAGGUUGCAUCAUUUAUACAAGGUAAUUGCACUCUAAUCUUUAAACGUUCACCAUAUAUUGUACAAACAAACUGUAAUAAAAAAAAUGAUGAUAAUAAAACAGAUUUUUCCAAAAAUGUUCAGUCAAGACCUUUACCACCCACUCCAAAAAAUCCUGCUAAAGAUGAAGUUAAUUUGGAAUUAGACAAAAAGGACCAAGUAAAUGAUUAUGAUUAUGUAAAUUUGGAAUCUAAAGAAGCUGUUGAAAAAGAAAAUGAAGAAAUUAAAGCUUCACUUCCAAAAGAACUACAAAAAUCAUUUGAAAAUUUAAUCAAACAGUCACAAAUUCCUGUGGAAAGUGAAGUAAAAAAUUAUUCAGUAAAAUCUCAGACGAAUUUAGAUCCUAAUGAUCAACAGUUAUUAGAAUUUUAUGGAGAACAAUUUGAAAUUCAUUUAUCUUACUUAACAAAUGCUAUAGAUGCUUUCUUAAUGACAAUAGAAAGCAACCAACCACCUAAAGUCUUUAUUGGCCAUAGUAAAUUUGUUGUAAUUAGUGCACACAAAUUAGUUUAUAUUGGUGAUACCAUAUACAGAAAUGUUCAAAACAAUGAUAUUAAAAGCCAAGUAAUGAAACAUGCAAAUUCUCUAUGUGAUUCUCUCAAAGAAGUAGUCAAUUCUACAAAAAAGGCAGCAGUACAAUUUCCAUGUAUAGUAUCUGUACAGGAAAUGGUGGAUUCAGUUGUGGAUGUUUCUCAUUUUGCUAAUGAUCUCAAACUUGUUAUAGUUCAGGCAACUAAAUUUUGAUGCUACAGAUAGUAUUUAGGACUAGAUGUUGUAUUAUUGUAUAUACUGUUUUCAUAUAUAUAUAAGCUUAUAAUAAGAAUAUUUUAUACUUUUUUGAAAUUAUCAUCUUAUUUUUAAUUUUUUUUUUAUCAUGUGGCCAUGUCAAUGGUAUUAAGUAUGUAUAAUAUGAUAAUUUCUGUAAUUCUGUAGUUAAAUAUAUAUAAUGUGUCUGUUCUUAUAAUUCCAAAUUUAUUAUAAAUAGCCAGGAGCCUGCUGGCACAGGUGAAAAAAUCUAUCAUAUUUCCAAAAACUUCAAAAUUUAUGAGGUGUUCUUCUAAACUUAAAAUGGCCUCAACUAAAAUUGGUAAUUAAAACAUUUUAUAUUACCAUAUUCAAUAAAAGGGAUACAUAAAUACAUCUCUUAGAGUGAAUGGCUAAAAGCAUUUAUUUUUUUGGAAGCUGGCUAAUUUUUAAAAUAUUUUUAAAUAUUCCAAUUGAUAUUUUAAAAUAUUUAUAAACAUGAAAAAAUUUUUGAGUUUAAAAAAAUGCAUAAUAUAAA